CGACACAGCGGGCGGACCCCAGGCCGGCGCGGGGCUGUGCCGGGACGGGAGAGCGUCCUCCUGGCGGGGGUCACCUGCUGAAGCGCCUCCUGACAACACGUUUGUCGCGUUUAGUGUUUCGAGGAAGAAUGAUGCAGAACGUGCACCUAGCUCCUGAGGAAGACGAGGAUGAUCUUUACUCUGGCUACAAUGAUUAUAAUCCCACUUUUGACACAGAGGAUUUAGAAAAUGAUACAGCUUUUCAACAGGCAGCAAGAACAAGUCAUGGUAGAAGACCCCCUGUGACAGCCAAAAUUCCUGGUACAGCAACUUCAAGACCUAUAGAUACUGCAUUUGGGGAUGGAGUUUCUCGGCCAAUGACAGCAGUGCAAGCUGCAGGCUACACUAAGGCAGCUAUCAGAGGUUCUUUAUUUGAUCCUCUUGGCCAAGCAAGAGGUCCUGCUCCACCUCUGGAAAUGAAAAAUCCAGACAGCUCAGAAGAGAAGAUUAGGCAGUUAGAAAAAAAAGUGAAUGAACUGGUUGAAGAAAGUUGCAUUGCCAACAGCUGUGGAGACUUGAAAUUGGCUCUGGAAAAAGCAAAAGAAGCUGGAAGAAAGGAAAGAGUAUUAGUGAGGCAACGUGAACAAACUGCUACUUCAGAAAGCAUCAACUUAGAUCUCACUUACUCAGUUCUUUUCAAUCUGGCCAGUCAGUAUGCUGCUAAUGAAAUGUAUGCUGAAGCACUAAACACUUACCAAGUUAUAGUGAAGAAUAAGAUGUUCAACAAUGGAGGUAGACUGAAGGUCAAUAUGGGAAAUAUAUAUUUAAAACAGCGGAACUAUUCCAAAGCGAUCAAAUUCUACCGCAUGGCUCUAGACCAGAUUCCUAGUGUCCACAAAGACAUGAGGAUUAAAAUAAUGCAAAAUAUUGGAGUUGCAUUUAUUAAAACUGGCCAGUACAUGGAUGCCGUUUCUUCAUUUGAACACAUAAUGAGCUUGUCCCCAAACCUGAAGGCAGGCUUCAACCUGCUCGUAUGUUACUUUGCUAUUGGAGACAGCGAACAAAUGAAAAAAGCAUUCCAAAAACUGAUUGCGGUUCCCUUGGAAGUGGAUUAUGAUGACAAAUACGUUUCACCAAAUGAUGAUCCACAUACAAAUCUACUGCUUGAAGCCAUC